AUGGAUGUGAAGCGUGGACAUUGCUGGCGCUGCGAGAAACUUCUCCCUAAACAUCUUGUGUGUUGUAAUCUUUGCUCAAUGGCGGAGUAUUGCUCAACGCUAUGUCAAGACACAGAUAGAAUAAGACACACUUCUGUUGAGUGCUUGAUGUUCGGUCCAAAGAUAUGCAAUAAUUGUGGAUACAAAGGAAAUACGAAACUGUGUGAUGGAUGUAACGAGGUAUGGUAUUGCAGACCACGCUGUAAGCUGCUUGAUUUAAAGGACCACAAACCAUUCUGCAACAAGGUCAAAGCUUCAAUCAAAUCACUUGCAACUGACCUUACUCUGAUAAGACCUAGGUUAAGACUUGACGAUACACAUUACUAUUUUGGAAAUACUAUGGCUAAAGAUUUCCUUCAACUCGACAACAAUGAGUGGUCUGAAAUGGAAAACAAAACAGAUGUCAGGUUGGUGAGGGAUUUUCAUAUAUUGUCAGCUGGUUGCGGAGACUUACGCAACACUGUCUUGACAGCAGCUUCCCUUCCUGCCAGGUACCAGGGAAGUCUGUACAUCACUCUCAAUGACUUUGACCCUUUUGUCAUGGCAAGGAAUGUCUUGUUUCUCUUUAUGUUGGUUCGGUUUGCAGACACUGAGGGAAUUGAGAGCAGUCUGACUACCAUCUGGUACUCAGUUCACAUUGCAAAGAAAGAGUAUGACCUGAUCAAGACCAGCUUAGAUGAGCUCAUUCAGAUGACCCCUCAAAGUCUCUUCAACAAUACAAAAGGAUUGGUGAGUGUUUUUAGUACAGAUCUGAUGUCUCUUCGUCAAACUUGGUUGGGAUGGAAAUCUUUGGAGUGUCAACGAGACAAGCGAUCGUCAAUAAAUCUCAGACAGCAAAGAGCAGACUCUUUAAGGUCUCAGAAGGUCAAGCAGGGACACAUCAUCUAUCUUAGUCGUUUGACCCCCAAUGACAAACAAGUGAUGGAGAACUGUUUUAAGCAUGGAUUAUUUAUUCCAACUGAGACAACAGAAAGUAAUUUGCCGUUUGAUAACCCAACAAUGACAGGUCAAAAAGCUCCUGCUGGUAUAAAGAGAUCAGUUCCAAAAGAUAGCACACUAUUCUACUGUAUUGGAGUAGACUCAAAUCCUUUUGUAGCAUGGGAUUGCUUGAGAGUGAGGGAGUCCGAGACCAGACCCUACCCAACCCCUAUUGUGAUGUACCACAGCUACAUCACAAAACUCCUCCAGAAAGUCAAAAGUCUAAUCCAGCAAGGAAGACUUAACAUUCAAGUCUCUCUGGCUAACUGUCUGAACUUUCCUUCAAUUCAUAAGUCUCUUAAGAUGUCCAACUAUGAUCGCAUCUUCACAUCCAAUCUUGCUGACUAUCUUGGUAUUGCCAGGCUUCUGCAAACCUUCAAGCUGCUGCUGAAUUUCAACAACAGCUUCUCUGCUCUUGUCACCGAGACAAUGAAUUGGUUCAAACUCAUCCCCGAAGCUGAUCUGGAAAAGCUUCAGGAAACCCCAGAGAUAUGGAAAUGCUUCGCAGCAUACAUUCAAGAUAUACCCCAAAUGACCCAUGACCUUCCAAUGACCUUUGACACUGGCUUCAACAGCCUACGAGAGUAUUACAACAUUACAUCUUGCUUCCUGGAAUAUCUGAGAGCAGAUAUCAUGGCAGGUGAAAUUGAGACAGAGCCACUUGAAAACGUUCCCUCAUUAAAAACAACGAUGGAGUACAACGGAAUGAGAAUGCGGGAUUUUCGCAAGAAGCAAAACAAGAUUGUCCCAUUUCAGUAUCGUGUGAAUGCUAGAGAUCUUAACAUGAUGAUUGGCUGCAACAGAGCAGUUGAGUGGUGUCUAUCACUUAAUGAUUAG